GACGAUAUCGUAGUGACGUGGAUGUGACGUCGUCUCCACGUGCCGGCAGGUCAGCAGAAAGGGGUUAUCCCUGGCUGGAGCGCUCUGCAGCCAGGGUUGACAGAUAGGGCGGGAAAACUGGCACAAUCUGGCAACACUGCACCCUAGCAGAAAGGGGUUUUCGAUAAGGCAUCCAUCAUGACGUCACCCUUGCUAAACCUUCUGAUCCAUCACGUCCUCCUCUAAAGGCCCAGGACCCGACCAUGUCCCAGUUCUCCAGCGAGGACGAGGCAGAGCUGCAGUAUCUGCUCCGUCAGCUCCUGAAGAGCACAAAGGACAGGAUAUCUGGCGCUCCGUCCAUUGAAUGUGCUGAAGAGAUCCUACUUCACCUGGAGGAGACCGACAAAAAGUUUCACAACUAUGAGCUGGUCAGGUACCUGCGGCAGCAUGUGGACCGGUCCCUGGGGGCGCUGGUGGAGGCAGAGACGGAGCUCGGGGCCGGAGGAGACGCUGGAGCCUCCGCUCAUGACAUCCACGCUGUCACCAGACGGACCAGGGACUCCGCAGAAUACAAGCAGAUGAUGCAGACUCUGAAGAACACCAUGAGUCUGGUGGUGGAGUCGCUCAUCAAUAAGUUUGAAGAGGACCAACUGAGGAAAGAGGAAACGUACAGGGACAACCUCCCUGGAGCAUCUGAGGGCCGUUUCAAUGACAACUGUUCAGACAGCGACUCCUCCUUCAACCAUAGUUAUGCAUUCAUUAAACAAGAGCAGCUUCAAGCCUUGGCUGAACAACUGGACUCCAGCCAACCAAAAGAGGUGCGUUGGGAAGCCCUCCAGAAGCUGUGCUGUGCCCCUCCCUCUGACGUGCUGAGCUGUGAGACCUGGAACAGCCUGCGCACCAGCCUGUCUGCUGUGCUGGACGACCGCGACCCUGACCUCAGUGAUAAAGUACUCAAGUUCUUUGCAAAGACCUCCUCUUCAUCACCAUUCAAUUUGACCCGAGAGAUCUACAGCAGCUUAGCCAAGAGUCUGGAGGGAUACUUCCUGUCUCACAAGCUCAGCCUUCCCAUUGGCUCAGAUGGGAUUGAUGUCACCAGGCCUGACAUCAGCCGCCUUCUUAAACAGAUGAGGCUGAUAAAUGACUUCCAGAAGGAGAUGCCGUCCUUCUGGAUUCGCCACCCGGAGAAGUACAUGGAAGAAGUCAUAGAGAGCACCUUCUCCCUGCUGUCGGUGCACCCUGACCUGGGCUUGGCCUCGCCAGGGACCGAGAAAGCACUUGAACCUGUUUACUUGCUAGCCCUGCUGGACAUCAAAGCAACCUGGUUCAAUAAGUGGAUGCAUAGUUACUACAGCAGAGCUGUCAUCUUCAGACUCCUGGAGAGAAAAUACAAGAGUCUGAUUGUUGCAGCCGUCCAGCAGUGUCUGCAACACCUCUCAGACUGUGAGCACAGAUCCCCGCAGACCAGCGGCUCCUCUGCGGAGCCACAGACCAGUAAGAGCCCCCCCAGCGGCCCAGUGCUCACUUUAUCCAGCUCUUCUCAGUGGAGCAUCUACACCAGGAGUGAGCUGGAAUAUGCCUUCUUUGUCCAUUCACUCUGUGUUCUGGGAAAAGUCCUGAUUUACACCAAUGGCAGAAAGCUCUUCCCUAUCAAAAUAAGGAAACACAAAGAUCUCUUCAGUCUGACGGACCUGGUGGUCACACUGAUCAACAUCAUGUACCAGCACCCCCAGCCCCCCCGCACGGACCCCUCGCACACAGUGUCCCUGGCCCCCAGGAGCCUGGUGACGGAGUUGCUGUGGAUGCUGUGUGAGCAGACAGAGAGCGCCGCCGAGUGCAUCUACCAGAGCCCUGUGAUAGAGACGCUGCUGGCACCCCUCAUACGCCUACUCAACGGGGAGCAGGCCAAAUUAAAGUCUCCUGCUGGGACCUUAACUCACAUAGCAGAUGUGUUGGCACGCAUCGCCAGCACCGACAGAGGCCUCGCCCUCUUCCUGAAUGACAAGAGUCUGGACCUAAGCAGCAGUAAAGGCCUCUCUGCUAGCCAUGUAAUUGUACAGUUCACUCAGCGGUUAUUGGACAAGGACCUGCCUUCUCUGGGCCGAUGGGAGAUGUCGCCUGCUGUUUGCGGGGCCUUCCUCUUCGCCUGCAGGCAGAUGUACAACACCUGCGAGGGCCUGCAAGUUCUCCGGCCUUAUGGCCUGCACAGCUGCAUAGCUGCUGCUUUGAAGGAGGUACCAAGGGUGCUUUUAUUCACACAAUGCAGCAACACCAGCACAAUACCAGUAUCAAAGAACAGGACACCCUCAGCUAACGCCGUGUCCACCUCCGCCUCCACCCCAGCCUCCACCCCAGCCUCCACCCCAGCCUCCACCCCCGUCCCUGGGCACAGUUCCUCUACCUGCUCCCUGGAGACCAUAGCGGGUCCGAGCCUUAUCUGGGAGGAGACCCUGCAGGACAGUCUACUGCACUUCGCUGCCACGCCCAAAGGCCUGCUGCUGCUCCAAAGCACCGGGGCGCUGGACCACUGCGUGGCCUACAUGUACUCACGCUUCAUCAAGAAGCUCCAGGUGAGCCGCUGUGAGAAGUUUGGCUACGGGGUGAUGGUGACCCAGGUAGCAGCUACAGCUCCUGGUGUGAUGGCCCUUCUGAACUCAGGCUAUGUCCAGGAGCUGGUGGUCAAGCUGUGGUCAGUGCUGGAGUGUGGGAGGGAGGACCUUCGUGUGGUCCAUCCCAAGUCCACUCCCAUGGAUCCCAUCGACAGGAGCUGCCUCAAGUCGUUCCUGGCGCUGGUCAACCUGCUGUCCUCCGGGGCCUCGGUUUGGGCUCUGCUGCGGGGCCAGCCUCUACCCCAGAGGGAGGCCUACCCCCUGAGGGAGGUGCCAAGCACCAUCGCCGAUUUGAUGGACAGGCUGAUUGCAGUGGAUUCAGAUGCAAAGAUCAACUCCCUGUUUAACUACGAGCAGUCACACACGUUUGGCUUGAGACUGCUGUGCGUGCUGUGCUGUGACCUGGACUCGUUCCUGCUGUUGGAGAGCCAGUAUGCCCUCUGCAGCAUGCUCCUGCUCCGCCAGAAGGAGAACGUCACCGAACCGGCCGGAGCUCAGGGGCAGCUGAUCCUGGACCGCCUCUCCGUUGAGAGGAACCACCUGCUGGUGCGGGUGUGUGCGGUGGGAGGUCCGUCUGAACGCAGGCUGCCCCCCCGGGCACUGCAGGAGGGCCCAGACCCCUACCCAUGGCCAAUGUUCCUGAGCUACCCUUCAGCUCCCCCACAGUGCUACACCUUGGAUGCUGCAAUGCUUCCUCAAAGUAAACAAGAUUCUGAGAUCAGUGCAUUCUUGGCGUCUGGUAUCCCUGCGAAAGAUGAGGGCUGGAUGGCUGCCUGCCGCAAACAGUACUGCAAAGCCAUGAGCACCACGCCCUCCAGCCUCACCGGGUCGGUGCUGUCUCAGCUCCUGGAGAAGGUGGUGUCAGUCAACGCAGCAACCCAACCCUUCUUCCCUCCUGCUCACUACAAAGCUAAGGACAGCAGUGUGAAGAGGGUGGAACUGUCAGCUGUUCAGCUGUUGGGCAUCAACAUCUGUGUCAGGUACGGACGCUCCCUGGGCCUGCUGAAGGACGAGGGUACAGAGGAGCUGGCGCUGCUGCUGAAACACAGCCACCUCUUCCUGGCUGCACAGCGAGCCACAACACACCCCACUGCCGUCCCAGAUCUCCACCCGGGCCAGGACUGGCUGGCCGCCACCCUGUUCCUCAUGAUGGCGGGCGACGGCGAGCGGGCGCGACGCUGGCUGGUGGACUUCUCUUCUCUGCUCUGCUCCGCCUUCCUCUGGCCCGCCCGCAUGCACAGCUCUGUCCAUCUACCGGCCCCUGUGGCGGCCUCGGGGAUCCCUCCGGUCUACUGGUGCACUGCUCACUACGUAGAGAUGCUGCUCAAGGCUGAGGUCCCCCUGGUCCACUCUGCCUUCAGGAUGUCUGGCUUCACCCCGUCCCAGAUGUGCCUGCAGUGGCUGAACCAGUGCUUCUGGAACUACCUGGACUGGCCUGAGGUCUGCCACUACGUGUCCACCUGUGUGCUCAUGGGCCCCGACUACCAGGUGUACGUGUGUGUGGCCGUGUUGAAGCACAUGCAGCCAGACAUCCUGCUGCACACACAGGCCCAGGACCUGCAGGUCUACCUCAAGGAGGAGCCCAUCCUGGGCUUCAGAUUCCAGGACCAUCUGGAGUUCAUGGGGCAGCUGGAGGGAAAAUACGGCACAACGGUGCUCACAGACAUGCAGCGCAUCACCACGCCCGCUGCGUAGACCCCCACAGACCACGCCCGCUGCAUCAACCCCCACAGACCACGCCCGCUACAUAGACCCCCACAGACCACGCCCACUGCAUCAACCCCCACAGACCACGCCCGCUGCAUCAACCCCCACAGACCACGCCCGCUGCAUCGACCCCCACAGACCACGCCCCCUGCAUAGACCCCCACAGACCACGCCCGCUGCAUAGACCCCCACAGACCACUCUGCUAGGAGACAGCUCUGGGAGGGCCGAUGAAGCCCUGUAAGAAAAGCCUUUCUGCACUACAGUCCACAAGAGUCUCUGCUUCACAGGGUCAGCGUUCCUCCUGAGGGGAACUGGCUGGACAUCGCUCCAAUAGUCAUAGUUUUGAUGUAAAACAUUGCACGUUAACAUUGAGUAUCUUUAGUAGAAAUAUGUAUUAAGUGAUGAUGUAACGUUUUCGUAACAAAAUCAUUGAGUUUUGGUUCUUCUAUGAGGUUCAAAGUAUUGUAAGGUUUUUCCAUAUACCUUAAUACUGAAUUAUUUGUAAAGUUUAAUAUAAGAUGACACGUUGUUUCCUCCUAUUUCCUUGGACCACCCUGAGAUGAGCAUUUCAAUAACAAAACUUAAUUGAUCACGUAGACGCAUCUUGACGUCAUGUACGAGAUUUUGAAUAUGAAAGUGCAAUCUUAUUUGUAAUGAAGUUGUCUUUUAGAACGCGUCAUCUAUUUGAAACAAAUUGUGCACCAGACGCCACAGCUCAGGUGGACAAUAAAGAGGAUGGCUGACGUAUGCGGUUUUCAUGCUGUUGUUUGUCUUCCGAAGCCUUUGUGCCUCCUUCCAAAUAUGGUGGUAACAUCAUUUAUGCCUGAGCACAAAACAAAACACAUUUGUGUAUUGCACAGGACACACAGGCAGUUUGUAUGAAAGUUAUCCUUAGCUUAUUAUUGUAAUCUAUUAUCAGAAUCAGAAUCAGAAUCAGAAUUCUUUUAAUGGCCAAGUAUAUUCACACAUACAGGAAAUUUACUUGGUGUGGUUGGUACAUAAGACAUGAGACAUAACAUAACAACAAAAAAACAUAAACAAGAACAAAGGCAAAAUAAUCCGGUUUGAUUCGCAAUAAACUAAAUUAAACACUAUUAAAGACUAAAAACAAACACAGAAGUGUGCACCAACACACCGAAGCAGCCAUACGAGGCGCCAUCACCAUAACAACCUGUUAUGUUAUCUGCCUGUUAUCUCAGGCAGUACUCCACUUCUCACAUGGUCAACCGAACAUGAAUAAUCAAUGAUCAUUGAUUCACUGCAUCCAUCCGUCUGCAUCGGACUACCAACUGCUCCGUGACAGAGCUCACUAAAUCUGAAUUGUUGUAAUGUUUGCCCCGAUAAGGUCAGCCCCAUUUGAUUGCCAUUUACAAAUGGCUUUCCUGUUGGCAGUCGGCUGACAUUUGGGGGGCUGUGUGUUGACAGAGCCGUCCCACCCUCCUCUCUCUCUUCUUUGGGGCCACUUAAAUUCUAACACCAACCUGACACACUUUGAUGGGAACUUCCACAUAUUACUCUUCAACCCAGUCUCACGGAAAUACGUGGCACUGUCACAUCAUUUAAUCUAUUCAUUCGAUCUGGGACACGUUAUUACAAUUUUUUCUUGCCAAAAAGCACAAACUUCUAACAAUAUGACAGCUUUUGGCCACCCGUUUCUACUUUCACCUUUGAUUCUGAGAAAUUGUGAUUCUUUCAGCUGCUUCAUUUCUUCUUUUUAGACUGAGCUAGAAAUUUUUGCUUUUGGCACGAAAAAAUUGAAAUUACGUGUCCCAGAUCACGAAUGAAUAGAUUAAAUGACGUGACGUGACAGUGUCUCGUAUUUCCGUGAGACUAUGUUGUACUCUUCAUCUCACAUCUCAAUUGACAGAAGGUCUCUAGGAUCGAGGAUGAUACUGAACACAGCAGGAACUUUCACUGUGGAACAUGUGAUAUCGUGGAUGAUGGAUAUCAAGCCCUCUAUGGCCAAACUAAUUGGAAAUAUCCUCUUUAAUUCUAUGGAUGUAAUAACGCUGUUUCUGUUUCUCACUUUCAGAAGUUGCCAAUAUUGUGUUACUGUCUGACGUACAUUUUAAACAAUAAAUAGGCUGAGGCUCUGCUGAUC